AUGGCUUCCAAGGCUUUGCCCCUGAUGGCCUUCCUCCUGAUCGCCAUGCUCCUAGUCUCCGCCGUCGUCGACGCCACGGAAACCUUGGACACGGAAACAGGUUCGUUCUCCCCUCCCCCCAGCAUCGCUGUUGUCCCCAUGCUGCUGAGACUCCAAGUUUGA